AUGACUGAUUUCUAUAAAAAAAUUGAUCCAGAAACUGAAAAACUCUCGUCAAACCAAGUAAAUGAAUCUGUCACACAUCAACCAGAGCAAUUAGUGAAUUUCAUACAUGAGCAACGUUCAAAACUAGUGGAUGUCACAAACAAAACAAAAGAUAACUUAAAUCAAGUGAAUGAUGAAUAUCAUGAAAAAGGACGACAGCUCACUUCAAAAAUUGCUGCUUUGAGUACGACUACUCAUGAUAAUUUACUUGCUGGUUUAAGUUAUACUGCCGUUGCUGUCAUGACUGGUUCAAUAUUAGCUAGAAGAAAAGCAGUGUCAUUCAAGAUUCUAACGCCUGUGUUAUUUGGUUCUAUAUGUGCUGUUUAUACAUUGCCUUCAACUUUGUCUAAUAUGGCAAGGACAAUUUAUGAGGCAGAGAAAAGAAACUUCCCCACAUUAAUUAAAAAGCAAGACGAAAUUAUGAUUGAGCUUAGGGAAGGAAAGGAGGAUACUUUAGAUUUCUUUCACAAAUGUGGUAAUAUAGUGAGAGACUGGUUCAAGUAA